AGUCACAGCAGCUGGAGGACACGGGGAAAGGGGACCCUAUUCCGGCGCGCGCAGCUCGCGGGCAGUCCCAGCCUCUCGCGCCUCCAUGUCGUACUCGCACCCUCCCAGGCGCACGGGGCUGCCCCGCGCCGUGCUGAGGUGGCUGCAGAGCCUGGACCUGAGCUUCUUCCCCAGGAACUUCCGACGGGACUUCUCCAACGGCUACCUCAUCGCCGAGAUCUUCUCCUGGUACUACCCCGGGGACAUCCACAGCCACAGCUACGAGAACGGCGCCUCGCUGGCCACCAAGCUCAGCAACUGGUCCCAGCUCGGCCAGUUUUUUUCCAAAAGAAAUUUGAAGCCUGUUCAAGAACUAAUAGAUGGGACAAUUCACUGUAAACCGGGAGCAGCAGAAAUGUUGGUACAAGACAUCUACUCAAUGCUGACAAAUGGACGAAUUAAAAAUAUUCAGGAUGAGGUUGACUUUACAGACCACUAUUAUCAGGAGCAGUUACCGAUGGUCGCCAGGUCAACAGCUUCAAAGGCUAUCAAGAAUAACAUUAAGCUAACAGAAAUAAUGAUAGAGCCCAACAUUAACAAAAAUAGACAAAAGGUUAAUGCCAUCAUCAAUAUGCAUAUGCAACAGAGACUGGUAGAGAGGGAAGAGAACCCAAAGCGGUUUAACAUUAAACCAAGCUUGGCAGAACGUGCAGUUCGUCAUCCGGCUGCUGUAGGUCCCUCUGGGAGUGCGAUUAACAUCCAGAGAGAGCAACUUUCUUUUAUAUCAAACCUAGGGCUCCCAGAAAUCAGAGGCAAAACUGGUGUUCACUUCAAAGAAAUCCAGGUGAAACAAGCUGACAGAGGCUCUUUUACUGUGGAUGUAUAAGUGCGGCAACUCUAAGCACCUGGCCAAAAGGAUUCUAACUGAACACUGGAAAAAAAAGUAUUGGAGAGACCUCAACUUUGAAAACGUACAAGAUCAACUUUAUAAUUCUUUGACCAUAGCCAUUGGGAGAGAAUUGCCUGAUUGGUUUCAGUGUCUGUUAAAUCAGAGCAUUAUUUUCUUCUAGUAAAUGCCAAAACAAAAUACAUAUUGGAAAUCUGAUGUUUGUGGAAGUGUGACAAGCUAAAUCAUCACUAAACAAAGCAGUAUCUAAAAUAUACAUCAUUGUAGUUUCCCUAUUGUUAGACGGCUUCCUUCAGUGACUUGGUACCACAGUUGCUUUUACAGCUCAGCCUCCUCCUAGACUUGAUUACUUGCUAGAUUGAGUUGUUUUUAAUAUUUCAAGUUCUUUGUUAGUGAAAUUUUCCAAUUUACAGAUUGCAGUGGUGCAAGAUGAGUAAUGAUGAUGUGUAGUCAAACUUUUUGCCAUUGUGAUGUGAUGAGUUGAAUAAAUUUGACAGUUGUA